GGCCUUAUAGAGCCGAAGAAACGGUUUCCGCCUGCCUCUGCCCUCUCCGUCCUUCGUCGCGUUCGCUUCCACUUUGCGCAACGAUGGCCGCAGUCGAACUGUCGAACAAAGCCGUGAUCCCUAAUGGCAGCUUCGCCAGAGGUGCGCUUGCUGCCGACGCCUCCGCCACCUCCUCAGAGAAGAAGAAGGCUCGCGAGAGCGAGCGCAUGCGCCGGAGGCGGAAGCAGAAGAAGAGCAAGCAGAAGUCUUCGGCUCGCCUGGAAGGCGGAGGAGAGGCGAGUGAGACUGAGGGAUCGAAGUUCGAGAAGCAAUCUAAAGCGAGCUUCGCUCAGCGGGAGGAUGUGACAAUCGAGGUAGAGUACGUUCCUGAAAAGGCUGAUAUAGAUGAAAGCUUUAUAGAAGAAUUCAAGAAUGUUAUCGAGAAGUUCAACUUCAGGGAUGAUUUUGGUGGUGAGGACGAUGCAAAGAAGGAUGAGACUGCUGGCAAUGCAACCGCAAAGAAAGGGGAUUCAGAUUCAGAAGAAGAUGAGCAGGAGGUUCAGCAGAAAGAGAAAGGACUGUCGAACAAGAAGAAAAAGCUUCAAAAGCGUAUGAAGAUUGCUGAACUAAAGCAAAUUUGCUCAAGGCCAGAUGUAGUUGAGGUUUGGGAUGCAACAUCAGGAGAUCCAAAGCUGCUUGUUUUUCUUAAGUCCUAUCGGAAUACUGUUCCUGUUCCACGGCAUUGGUGUCAAAAAAGAAAAUUCCUUCAGGGCAAACGAGGUAUUGAGAAACAACUAUUUCAACUCCCUGACUUCAUUGCUGCAACUGGAAUAGAGAAAAUAAGACAGGCAUAUAUUGAGAAAGAGGAUAGCAAGAAACUGAAGCAAAAGCAGCGGGAACGCAUGCAACCAAAGAUGGGGAAGAUGGACAUAGAUUACCAGGUAUUGCAUGAUGCAUUUUUCAAGUAUCAGACUAAACCUAAGUUGACGACCCAUGGAGAUCUAUAUUAUGAAGGAAAAGAAUUUGAGAUCAAACUUAGGGAAAUGAAGCCAGGUAUGUUGUCAAAGGAACUUAAAGAAGCUCUUGGCAUGCCUGAUGGUGCACCACCUCCAUGGCUUAUCAAUAUGCAGAGGUAUGGACCACCUCCAUCCUACCCCCAUCUGAAGAUUCCUGGUUUAAAUGCUCCAAUUCCUCCUGGUGCCAGCUUUGGUUAUCAUCCUGGAGGUUGGGGUAAACCUCCUGUUGAUGAAUAUGGACGCCCACUUUAUGGUGAUGUUUUUGGGGUACAACAGCAUGAACAACUCAACUAUGAGGAUGAGCCAAUUGAUCGGAGUAAACAUUGGGGAGAUCUAGAGGAAGAGGAGGAAGAAGAAGAGGAAGAGGAACAGGAGGAAGAGAUGGAGGAAGAGGAAUUGGAGGCUGGCAUUCAAUCUGUGGAUAGCCUUUCAAGCACUCCCACUGGUGUGGAAACACCUGACGUCAUUGAUUUAAGGAAACAACAGCGCAAGGAACCUGAGAAACCACUUUACCAAGUCCUUGAAGAGAAGGAAGAAAGGAUUGCUCCUGGAACAUUGCUUGGAACCACACACACGUACGUGCUUGGUACACAAGACAAAACAGCUCCCAAACGGGUUGAUCUUCUACGUGGUCAAAAAUCGGACAAGGUGGAUGUCACUAUACAACCCGAGGAGCUGGAAGUUAUGGAUGAUGUUUUAGCCGCCAAGUAUGAAGAAGCGCGAGAGGAAGAGAAGCUACGGAACCAGAAGGAAGAUUUCAGUGACAUGGUUGCAGAGCAAGCUGCAAACAAGAGAAAGCGCAAGGAAAAGGAAGGGAAAUCCAAGAAGAAAGAUUUCAAAUUCUAGCUAAUUUGCUCUCGUUACAAUCAAAUUCAAAUCUGCUUCAUUUGUCAAAGGUUCUUCUGGCAAUGCGCUCAGAUUUUAGAUCAUCAACUAAACCCUCAUCAGAUGAGGAUUCCUUGCAUUUCUGAGCCUUUUGUUUCACAUGGCACCCUCAUCAGAUGAGGAUUCCGUGUAUUUUCUGAGCCUGUUUGUUACACAAGGCACAAAGGAUUCAAACAUUCCUUGCAAACUUUGUUGAAGUAAUUUUAGAUGCGUUUAACAGAGCUAA